UUAACUAAUCUUUACUUGGUUUUGAUUGUUAUUGAAAAAUGAAAGCAAAUCAAUCGGUCAACUCUAGCAUACUUAAAUACGGGUGCACCUGGACGGACAGUUAUAAUGCAACCGAAGCGCAGGAACGCUCGGAGUACAGUUUUGUCGUUUGUUAUCCCAUUUUGUUGUUUUUCUGCACCAUUGGAAAUUUUUUAACUAUCGCAGUUUUUGGAACCAUUCGGCAUGUACCAAGUGCCGAUGUUUUAUUGCUUGCUCUUGCGGUCGGCGAUCUUUUGACAGUGUGGAUUUACUUUCCUGAGUACAUGUUCGUUGUCAACCCGGAUAUUUUCAACAGCAUUUACACUUUCGACUAUGUUAACGACUACAUACAAGGUCUGUAUAUUUGGCUACAGAUCGGAUUCCCAAGAUUCGCGGAUUGGGUGUUGGUGGUAUUUUCCAUUGAGCGGUUUCGUGCCAUUGUGAGAGCCCAUUUGACGUAUCCAGUCUCCGCCAAAGUUUCCCGGAUCCUUGUCCUAACUUGUUUUCUUUAUGGAAUCGUAACUUGUAUUGAUAAGGCCGUCGCUCAGUACUAUUUGUUGGCUGUGCUGGACAUUACGAAUUUCGAUGUGGAAACGUCACUGGCCUUCCCAUCUUCGCUGCCUCGAAAUAUACAAACAUGGAACACGAUUUCCACUAUCUACGGAUUAGUGGAGACAUUUGUCGUGUUCACAAUCCUUUUGGUAUGCAACGCGACCAUCAUUUACAAAAUUCUGACCUAUCACCGCGACGGUGCCCGGCUACACACCCAACUCGUAUUCACAGCUGAACCGGGAGUAUCUAACGUGCCACACCGAGGCAAACAAAAGAUCGAGGCACCGCUUCUCGUUUCCGCCGUGUCGAUGUAUUUGAUAUGCAGACUGCCGGCAGCCAUCAACGACACCCUGGGGCAACUGUCGCAGUAUCCAUUCUGCUCAGUUAAUUACCAAAAUUACGACGUGUUAUGGCGUCCUCUCGAUUCCAUAAAGCUGAUUCCCUAUUCCGUCAACUUUUACCUCUACUGUGCAUUCAGUACAAAAUUUCGCAAGAGGGUGAAAGCGACUUACACUGCCUUUGUAUGGAGAGCCAGGCUAUGGAAGAAAAAACUGCGUGGUGAUCAAGAGGGCGCAGACUUGGUUAGCAACGACUCCAGGAUCAACUCCCCGCAGUUAAAAACGAGACGGCCGAAAAUACCUCCAGUCGGCAAAGGUCGUGAGAUUCCGGAAAAGACGCAACUGUUUGUUGUGUUCGGAAAAGAAGAAAAUUCGGGCAGUUCAAUGGAAACUACCACCACGGUUACUACAAGACUGUAG